AAUAUGCAUCUGGCUUGCAGUACCCUGCAACUUCAGUUCCUGUGGUUCAAAAAAUUCUAACGGUCAGCUUCUUCAGGACGCUUUAUUUCUGUUUCGGUGUUGAAAUUUCGGUGCAAAUAUGGCUCAGAACGUUAAUCCCCAUUCUGCUCCAGAGCCGAGUAGCUCAAUUAAAACUAAUGAGGACAGGCUCCGUCUUUCUAAAGACAACCACGCUGUUACAAAACGGCUCCAAAAGGAAUUGAUGGUUCUCAUGAUGGGUGCAGAAAAAGGUGUAUCAGCAUUCCCAGAGGGCGAGAAUUUUUUCAAAUGGGUCGGCACAAUUACGGGCCCAGUUGGAACGGUUUACGAAGACCUCACUUACAAAUUGAGUUUAGAGUUUCCCAACAGCUACCCCUACUCCGCACCUGUAGUACGAUUUACCACAUCAUGUUUCCAUCCCAAUGUUGACACCGCUGGCAAUAUAUGCUUGGACAUUUUGAGAGAGAAAUGGUCGGCACUUUAUGAUGUCCGCACUAUUUUACUUUCCAUUCAGUCAUUACUCGGUGAGCCCAAUAUUAACAGCCCUCUAAACCCCCAAGCAUCACACAUGUGGGCAAAUCAAGUUCAAUUUAAGAAGCACCUUCAUGAAACAUACCAUAAAGAGAACAGCAAGGACAAGUAAAUUAGUGUUUUGUGUUGAAUUGAUCUAUAUAAAUUUAGGAACUGUGUGAAGUCUUUUGUCAAUACACAGAUCAUCAAAGGAAGGCACUAGAUAUAAAUUUUAUUAGAUUAGAUAUAUAUAAUUUGUAUUAUUUGGGUCUGAAUCAAUUGUAGAUAACCAUUCCAAGUUGGCAACUUUGGUUAUUUCUUAGAAAGUUGGUGUGUGAUCUAUCAGCACAAAUUUGAAAUGGAUAUUGUAUGUAAAUAGUUGCAGUUGUAAAUUUUGAUAUUGUUUGCAUGAAUUCUAGAGGAAUGUUUUAAUUCUGUUAUUUUCUCAUUCGGCGGUUUUGUAUUCAGCAUUUUGGCUUAAUUGUGUAUGAUCUUGCACCCCUACCAAUUUCAUUUCCUGUAAUAAAUCUGAACUUUGUAUUCUCUGCUAAAAUUAUUGCUACUUAAAGGGACCAUUAAAUAGAAUGGCAGUGGUGUAGUUUUAGAGCCUCUGUGUAUGCUUGCCCACUUUUGAUUUGAUUUAUAUUUUCCUUGAAACCAUUAAGUAUUUUCCAAACUUGUGGACGUUACUGUAUCCCAUAUUGCUCGUUGAAGUCUCGCCCGUAGUUGUGAAUGGGGUUAGUUAAACAUUAAUUAAUUAGACAUUAGCUUUUACCAAAGGAUGCCUGAAUGUUCUCAAUUUACAUGGUUCACAUUGUCUUCCAUUGAGCUCGAAAGAAAAUUUGUAACAGUUUGAAAAGAACGAUUUUGUGGUAUUAUACAAUACGAAAAAUCCAGUUGUGUCAAAUUUUGUGAUAGUGCUCAUUAGUAUUGGUUUUUAGAAUGCUGACUUUUGUAUUGGAGUUGAAAUGAUUCUAGUUGCAUGUAUUAUCAAUUUUUAACUUCACCUUGGGUCAGUUGUGACGCACUGCCAUUAUAUUAAAUAGAGUGAAACUCCAACUGCAGAGAACUUGAGUAGUGUGUGUUUGCAUGUAUGUGUGAAAGUAUUUGUGUGUAAAUGUGAUUGCACAUUCUGGUUUUAAAGACAAUCACUUAAGGCAUUCCUUCAUAUCCAACAAAUUUAAUAUUUAAUGUAAUUCUGGUGGCUGAAUCUGAUAUUCAUUCAUUCUGUCUUAAUUGGUAUGGAUGUCAUUUUAUACAGAGUAAUUUGAUGUAGCUUGUAGGUUUUGACAAUUUCAUUGAAGAUUUAUUGGAUCCAAAGUGGUUUAAAAAAUUAACCCAUAA